CUCUGCAAAAGGGGCCGAAUUUAUAAAACUCUUUUUUUUUCACUGUUGAAAUAUUUUAUGUUUUCAAUUGGUCGUUUUGUUUUUGUAGUGAAUAAGUGGGAGGAGGGAAGAUGAGGCUCUAUUAAACGAUUUGGAUUUUUUGAAAAUUAGUCAAAGAUAACCCUUUCUUUAGUUUAAUUGAUCAGUGGUUUCAGCUUCAGAUACUGUAUUAUUGAUUACGACAUUUUAUACAUUACAGCUGAAUAAGGGAAUUGGGAGUAUUUACCAGAACAGCGGACGUAGAGUGUAGGCAAAGUUCAGUUUUAUUAUUUUAUUAUUUAUUUUUUUUUACAUAUUUUCUUAACCUUUUUUUUUUUUUUUUUAAAUGUCAUUCUUUUUAAAUCACUAACUGUGCCGAUCAGAAAAAAAAGACGACCGGACCAGUCGCGAAAGGCUAUCGCGGUUUUGUUGUUGAAUUUAAACCUUUUACGUUUUUUCUUUCUUUUUUUAAUAAUAAAUUACCAUAAACCUAACCUAACUAUAUUGCCAUCAAACUAAGUGAUAUCAAGAUGUCCAUUUACGUUGAAGAUUUUAGAAAGGCAGUGUCCAACAGUGGAAUGGCACAGUUUAAAGAAGCAGGCCGUCAGGAGCUCGAGAAAUCGAUGAAGGAGGACCUGGAAAAAUUACAGGCAACUGCUAGUAAGGAAGAGGCCGAGAUAACCAGAAAGGAUUUUGAUGGUUUUAAGAAGCUUUUCCAUAGAUUUCUACAAGAGAAGGGGCCUUCAGUGGACUGGGGGAUGAUUCAGAGACCACCAGAGGAUUCUAUCCAGCCUUACGACAAGAUCAAGUCCAAAGGUCUGCCGGACAACGUGGCGUCGGUUUUGAACAAGCUGGUGGUGGUGAAGCUGAACGGUGGCCUUGGCACCAGCAUGGGCUGCAAGGGCCCGAAGAGUCUCAUCAGCGUCCGCAAUGAAAACACUUUCCUGGAUCUGACUGUUCAGCAGAUCGAGCACUUAAACAAAACCUACAACACAGAAGUUCCUCUGGUCUUAAUGAACUCUUUCAAUACUAACGAGGACACUAACAAGAUCUUGCAGAAAUACACACACUGUCAUGUGAAAAUCCACACCUUCAACCAAAGCAGAUAUCCAAGGAUUAACAAGGAAUCUUUGCUCCCAAUAGCCAAGGAUAUGUCAAAAACGGGGGACAAUGCAGACACCUGGUACCCACCUGGACAUGGGGAUAUCUAUGCAAGCUUCUAUAACUCUGGUCUGUUGGAUAAACUCAUAGCUGAGGGGAAGGAGUAUAUAUUCGUCUCAAAUAUUGAUAAUCUUGGGGCGACCGUUGAUCUUUAUAUCCUCAAUCACCUCAUGAGCCAGCCCAAUGGAAAGCGCUGUGAGUUUGUCAUGGAGGUCACAGACAAGACAAGAGCAGACGUGAAGGGUGGUACUCUCACGCAGUACGGAGGCAAGCUGAGGUUGCUGGAGAUCGCUCAGGUUCCAAAGGCUCAUGUGGACGAGUUCAAGUCAGUGAGCAAAUUCAAGAUCUUCAACACCAACAACUUGUGGAUUUCACUGGCUGCAAUCAAGAGGCUGCAGGAGCAAAACGCCAUUGACAUGGAGAUCAUUGUCAACCCAAAGACUCUAAAUGGUGGAUUGAAUGUAAUCCAGCUGGAAACUGCUGUGGGUGCUGCUAUUAAAAGCUUUGACAAUGCGUUAGGCAUCAAUGUCCCACGAAGCCGUUUCCUGCCGGUGAAAACCACCUCUGACCUGCUGCUGGUGAUGUCCAACCUGUACAGCCUUAACGCAGGCUCCCUCACCAUGAGCAAGAAGAGAGAAUUCCCCACUGUUCCCCUGACUAAACUGGGCAGCUCUUUUACAAAGGUUCAGGAAUUUUUGAUGAGGUUCGAAAGUAUACCAGACAUGCUUGAACUGGACCACCUUACGGUUUCAGGAGACGUUACCUUUGGAAAGAAUGUUAGUUUAAAGGGAACCGUUAUUAUUAUUGCAAAUCAUGGUGAUCGAAUCGACAUUCCUGCUGGAGCAGUGCUGGAGAACAAGAUUGUAUCGGGCAAUCUUCGCAUCCUCGACCACUGAAAGAACAUGCUAGCAACUAAUUCUAAAUUACUUUAUUUUUAAGAAUUUAUCAUGGGCUGUUACAGCACAAUGUAGACAGAUUUGUUCACUCACUAAAUGUAAUAAAUGUUCAUCUGUACUUGCAUUAUUAUGUGCGUUUCAAGCACAGGCAUGUAGAGCUUAGUAUUUGAGAUUUAUUAGGUUGCAACAUAACUUUGUAAAAUUUGUAGUUGUCUGCAACUAAAUGUUGUAAAGCAAUAAUUUUUGACAUGGUUACAUCUGAAAAGUCUGAGCCAAAGCUAUGUCUAGCUCAAUCCUACACUUUAAUAAACAAUGUGCAAUAUUGAUUAAA